UCCGGUAUUUGGAGUCCUUCAUGAGUUCAAACUCCUCCAUGGCGAUGCAGCUCAUCUUUCCCCACAGUCACAGCCAGAAGUCCUUUACGCCUACGCCGCCAGAAAAGGGUAGUUUCCCAUUGGAUCACGAGGGACUAUGCAAGAAGCUAAUGGUCAAAUACAUGCAGUGCCUGAGGAAAAACGAUAACAACAAUUCUGAGUGCAGAAAGGAAUCCCAGGACUACUUGGGUUGUCGCAUGGAUAACAACUUGAUGGCCAAGGAGGAGUGGAACAAAUUGGGUUUUUAAAUAUGGUCAAGAUACUGCUGGG